AUGGCUGCCGAGGAACUGUCGGAGAACGGCGUAGCUGAUAUCAUUCGCGCACUUGAAGCUAUCCAUAGCACUACAUCUUCAAAUGAUCUUCGGAAAGAGGCGACACAAUUCGUUGAAUCUUUGAAAGAGAGCGAUGCAGCUGCCCGCAAUGGCUUCCUGCUGGCAUCCCGCGCGGAUCAUGCAUAUGUUGUACGAUAUUUUGGAUUGAGCUUAUUAGACCAUGCUUUGCGUCGUCUUUCGUUUGAUAACCCCGAAGAAGCUACAAAUCUACGUUCGAUGGUCUUGCAGCUUGCAGAGAAUGCUCGAGCCGAAGACCCUGCUUAUUUUCGUAAUAAAAUCCCUCAGCUCUGGUGUGAAGCUGCCAAGAAGACAUGGGGCAUGGAGUGGAUGGAUAUGGACGAAACACUGCUGAAGUUCUGGGGUACGUCCUUCGUGCACAAUGAGCUCGUUCUAGCCGUUUUGGAAACUCUCUCAGAGGACGUGUUUUGGCGGGACGAUCCCAUUCGUGGCCCGGAACUUAAAAAGGCACUCGUUCAAAUCUUUACUCCAUCCGCUGUUCUCGAUCAGAUCAUCACCUCAAAGAGUGGAAAUGUGAUAUAUCGAUAUGGCCAAGAGGGAUGGCUAGUUCGCAUCUGUGAGUUCUUGAACAGCUGCAUUCAGAACAUUUCGACUUCUGAGGAAGCCCGAGAUGCAGCUGUCAAAGCUCUCAAAACCCUGAGAUCCGCCCUAUCUUGGUGUGUUUACAACGCCGUUUCUGCUUCGCAGGUCGUCUCCAGCAUUUUCAGGUCUUUAACCUGCAGGGAUGAGCAGGUGCUCCUGGCUGCAAUCGAGGCAUUGCAUCAACUUUAUGGAAGGAACGAUAUGGGCUGUCCAGAUACUCAUGGACUGAUCUGCCUAAUCUUUGAACCGGAUUAUCUCACCACCCUGCAGAACCUGUAUGAAUGGUCGAUCGUGGGUCCAGAAGAUGCCGAUGAACCUAAGUAUCUGAUUUCAAAGAAACUCUCUGAGAUGAUAUCUUACGUUGCCGGUUGCUUGGAAAUUGAACUAUUCACCCGCGCUAGCUUGACCAGCUUAGACCUCCCGCCUUUCUUCAACUUUAUGAUUGUGAUCAUGCAACACCAGAGCUUGACAGUGUCCAUACCUGUUUUGCACUUAUGGUCUAAACUAUUGACUCAUAAACAGAUUGGUAGCUCAGAUUUUGUGGUUUCCCAGACCCCAAGGUUCUUGAACAUCUGUACUCAACGGUUGAUACAGUGGGAGUCACUUUCUCCCAGUUCAGAUGACCCUACAGUGCAGUUUCUUCUCGAAGAUAUCGACACGACCCCGGAGCGUCAUGCAUUUGUCGGUAAUUAUCGCCGUUACUGUUCGUCAAUCAUCGAGACCAUUACAUUGAAGCGACCCCAAGAGGCGAUUAACGAGAUCCUUGCCCAAGUGGACAGCAACUUGGAUAAUUUAUAUAAUGGACUCCCACCCUACAACAUGCAAACUUUCAGCAAAUCUUCUGUUCCUCUUUUGCGGGCAGACGCUCAGUUUGCGGUGGUCGAGGCUGUAAUCAAGGGCUACUCUAAAUGGGUCGACACCCAUGGAAAGGCCCCGCAAGAAGUGGAACAGGAACGAGGCAGCUUGGAAUUUGCUGUGGAAAGUUGGGCGACUAGUUUGAUGCAAAGACCAUUUGAAGAUCCGGUCUUGAAACAGCGAGUCAUCAAGCUGGUGGUUGAUAUCUCUACCCGAGCUUUAAGCAAUCAUUCGGCCUACGCCCUCAAGGUGCUGGAGCAUAUUCUCAUGACCCGGCUUCCGGAUCUUGAGAUUUACCCGGCCUACUCCGAGGCAGUGAAAGAGUUACAUGGACUGGCAAGUCAUGAACUUCGGCGCCUUGCGAUCCGGUAUGCCGACUAUUUCUCUACUUUCUAUGAUCUGCUUGCGCCAAAGAUUCAAGAGAUUUCUAUGGCGAAUCAGGUCGAUGACAAGCUCAAAAUGGAGCUUACUUCAAUCCUUCUCAUCAUUAUGCAACGAGCAAACAAUGUUGACCCGACUAUACGCCAAGAGCGUCUGGCUUAUUUCCUUGAGCCCAUUCGAGUUGCAUGGGGUGACGAACAGUUCCGUAAUAUGUCCUCAUCGCUCGAGGCAUUCUGCGUGGGGCUUGGAAUAGAGAACGUUGGGUCAUUUAUGCAAGCUAAGCAAGCACAUCUGAUCUCAGAUUGGUCUUUGGUUGCCCUGGAUGAUGAGGGGAAGCUUGUCCAGGAGCAGAUGACUCGGAAAUUCCAAAUGCUUCCUCUCCGUGGAACCAAAACCAUGUUAGCGGUCUCUACGGAUAAGUUGAAGCGCACAUCUGAAGCGUAUUCGGUUGCCUGUGAUAUGUGGCAUGACCUGAUUCCCAAGAUUCUUCCGACUCUCCUCCAACUUGUGAGCCAUGCACACGCCUUCCACAACCCGACUAAUUGGGCUGUCAGCAAUGAAGUGCGGGCCGUGGUUGAGCGCAUCUUAACUGAUCGGUUCUGGCAAGCUGGUAUCUCCAAUGGCAGCCGUGAGGAUUUCUAUGCCAAAAUCACCGCCUCCAAGGCCACUCUGGAAGGAUUUGCGUCCUCUGUCCGUGGUAAAGUUAGAGCUGUUCGCGAAUCGGGCUAUUCUAUGCUGUUCAGCAUGAGCAGACUGCGUCAUCAAUUCUAUGGAUACACAGAGCUCCCGGGGCCUCUAUCUGAGGCUCUUUUCAAAGACGCUGAGCAUCUUUCGUCCCACCAAUAUUCCGUUCUGCUUAAUGUCUCCCGCUGCCUGAUUGAUGACUGCCCGGCGGAGUAUCGUCCACAAUUUCUUCCCCCCAUGCUCUCCACUCUCUUCAGAAGUCUCGACCGAAAGAUUACAGCUGAAUGGGAGAUCAUCGAGCAGCGAAAGGAUGGAUUAGCCGAUGAUAACCUGGCGGAUGAAAUGAAGUCCGAGAGUGUCCUUCGUCAAUUAACUUACUCGGCCGUAAUUAUGGUGGCCAGUUUGCUCGACCCCCAACGAGGAGAUCCGGACAAAGCAGAACUUGGCCGGAAAUUAUUCACUACAGGAACUCCCGAUAUUGCAGAUUCUCUCCGUACCUUCGUCCUCUCGUCACCGGAGAUCUUCGAACCCUUGAUGCUCUUUUGCACACACGCUCUUCGUAUGCGCGAUACCAGGUGCUGCAGUAUCAUUACUCGCGUUAUUCGGUCGAUUCUAACGGAGUUUGCACCUCCCUUGAAUACUCCCACAAUCUUGACCAUUCGUGAGUUCAUUUGUUCAGAUGUGCUGAAGGCGUGCAUCACCUCCGUGCAUGAACCGUAUUUUGUCGACAUGCAGAAGGACUUGGCACAGCUUAUUGCAUCGAUUUGGGGGUUGUACUGCACCGCCAGUCUCACGCCUCGUUCUAUCUUCCUUACACUGCCAGGUAUGACAGAGGAGAAAGUUAUCCGAACAGAGAUGCAACUUCAGGGAUGUACCAGUCCCCGACAGCAGCGUGCUUUGGUACUGGAGCUCUUGGACUCUCUUCGAGGUGUAAGCAUUGCCGAACAAGGAAAGAUUCUUGGCUCGCUUGAUCGUCGCAAAGCCCGCAGCGUUCUCCAGCAGAGAUACAUGGUCAACGAGAUGGAGACUCAACAGGAGGUGGCUCGGGUUGAUAUCAAUGAUGGACCUGACCUUUCCGGCGUUGCGGAUAUGUUUGGCUAG